AUGAAUAUCGCAUCUUUCUACCAAGGUGCAUCUGGUGUUGAGACAGAUGGAGUCUCAGUAUCAGUGAUGGAGGGAGAUUCAGUCACUCUACACACUGAUGUUGAAAUGAACCAACAAGACCCAAUGAAAUGGUAUUUUAAUGACAUUCGUAUAGCUCAAAUAAUUGCAAAUCAGAAUAGGACCUGUACAGACGUUCAGUGUAAUGAAGGCACUGAGAGAUUCAGAGACAGACUGAAGCUGGAUCAUCAUACGGGUGAUCUCACUAUCACAAACAUCACAACCACAGACACUGGAGAUUAUAAACUACAGACCAUCAGGAGAAAAAUCAUUCAAAAGAUCUUCCAUGUUGUUGUUCAUGAUGUUCCUGCUGCUGAACAAGAUGAAAUUAAGAGAAAGUCAGUGAAGGAGGGAGAAGCUGUCACUUUAGACUCUCGUGUAAUUAAAAUACAGAAUGAUAUGAUGACGUGGUAUUUUAAUGACAUUCUCAUCACUGAAAUCACUGGAGACCAGAGUAAGAUCUGUACAGAUGAACAGUGUAAAGAGAGAUUCAGAGACAGACUGAAGCUGGAUCAUCAGACUGGAUCUCUGACCAUCACAGACACCAGAACCACAGACUCUGGACUCUAUCAGUUAAAGAUCAUCUACAGCAUCCGCCUUCGUCACAGCAUCAGCAUCUUCAGCAUAAAGAGAUUCAGCAUUACUGUCUAUGAUUCAAGUCUGCUUUUAGGAGUUAUAGCAGGAAUAUGUGCUGCUGUUGGUGUGCUGGUCGCAGUGGUGGUUUGUGUAAAGUCCUGUUGCUGCAGGAGGGACCGUAAGACGAACACUGAUGUAUUGUGAAAUAUACUAUGUAAAAUUCCUUUCUAAAGUAACAGUGGGGUUAAAACUUUUUUAUAUCAGCAGGAUGGUAUGACCAUGCUUUAGGGCCAGGGUGUAACGUGUACACUGUAAAACAGUUAUCAUCACUGUGAGAUGGAGAUUCGCCGUCAGUUUCCCGUGUUCUGACAGUUCUUACAGCCUUAAGUGUAGUUGUAUCAAAUUUAAGGCCCUAAAAAAGCUUAAAUGGUACAAGAAAUGUCUUAAUUAUAAUUUCAAGAGAUCUUAAAUUUGGGAAACAGGAGCCACAAUUAAAUUUGUGGUCAUUUUAUAAAACUUUUUUGUUUUUUGAAAACCUGUAUCUGAACUGUAAGUCUUGCUAUUUAUAGUCAUUUUGUGGUUGAAUAUGCCCUACCCAGUGCAUAUGGUAUUAAUUUUAUUUGUGCAGGUCUUAAAAAGCUUAAAUUUGAUUUUAAAAAUCCUGCAGAUACCCUGUUCACAUGAAUAUGCUGCUC